UUUUCACACUCAGCUGUCUCCCUUUUUCUCCGUCGCGCUUAGGAACUCGGUUGCCGUGGCCUGUAUUAAUUUCAUCGGGAUAUUUUUCAUCCGGAAUUAAUCUUCAUCGGUUGCAAUUGUGGCAGCUUCCUUAUAUAGCCGGGCAGCUACGACUGCACCUAGUUUUCCGUUUUUCGUUUGCCGCGGCAUAUCGUGUUAAAAUCCCGGAUCAAAACUGGCAGACAAAAUGCCAGAACAGUUACGGAACGACGGCGGAGGGAGUGCUGAUCCAGUGGCCGCCGCCGCAGUAGGUGAAGGACAACCACUAGUGGCCAACCAAGGUGACCAGGCCGCCCAAGUUCAAGGACAAGCUCAGCAGCCAAGCAGAUUGGAAUCAUUUUUCGCAAUCACGAAAUCAUUGAUCCUCCGGGCAUUGGUCAUUUACUUCAUUUCUUCAUUCUUCCGAAAGCCGGCACCCGACGCCCCAGUUAACAAUCAGUCAGCUGUAGGUCAGAGUAAGAUUACGGCAUGGAAUUUGUUCGAGAAUGGAACCAUGUUCGACAUGCACGUCUACAUCUCGGAGGAUGCACAAUACGUGGACUUCAACGAUCCAAACUCUCUGAUUUGGCUGCAGGAGGAUCUGAUGUAUGGAGACUGGUACGGUGGCCGAGAUGGAGACGGAAUCCAUACAAUCAGCACGCAGAUUAAGGCAUCGGAGCGUCUGAUGAAUAAUGGAUCGAUAUAUCUACAUACGUACGUGACGAGGGCCGGGAAGAGCCCCAAUCCGGCUGCUGGAGAUGAUUAUGCCGGAAAGUACAUGGGAUAUGCCACCGGAAUGCUAAGUAAGUACAAAAAGAUAAAGCGAGUAAAAACGCACAAUUUGCUGGCCGGAGACAAGGAAAAAUUUGAAAAGGAACUCGAUAAUGCCCUGGUGGAAGAUCGGAUAUUAGCCCACUGGCAUCCGAACUUGACUAUCAAUCUAGUAACAGAUCAAACUAAUUGGGUCAAGGGAUCGGUUCCUCCUCCGUUGGACGAAUAUGUCAAAUUCCUGCCGGGAGGCCAAACGUACCUGCCGAUUGUAUUCUACAAUGAUUAUUGGAACAUGCUAAGAGAAUAUCAACCCAUAAAUGAGACUACCCCUGUAUUGGAUCUGAAUCUGUGCUAUCAACCGCUGUCUCUCUUCAAGUGGCAACUUUACGCAGCUCAAACUAUGCGUAAUAAAUGGACGAAUAACAUGUUCGGAGAGGCAUUAGCUGGAGGCACCGAAUCGGACGAAGAUCAAGAUUCCCUCAAGGAAACCCUGUUGGAGACUAAUCCCUACCUUUUGGGUCUGACGAUUGCGAUUUCCAUUUUGCAUAGUAUUUUCGAAUUGCUUGCAUUUAAGAACGAUAUUCAGUUCUGGAAGGAUAGGAAAUCUCUGGAAGGACUUUCCGUACGAUCCGUUUUCUUCAAUGUGUUCCAGUCGUUGAUCGUGCUCCUGUACGUUUUGGACAAUGAAACGAAUUUCAUGAUCAAGGUCAGCUGCUUCAUAGGUUUGGGUAUCGAAAUUUGGAAGAUCCAGAAAGUUGUGAACAUCAACAUCAACAAGGAGAACCUAAUGUUCGGAUUCCUCCCUCGCAUCAGCUUCUCAGACAAAGGCUCUUAUGUUGAUUCUAGCACCAGGCAGUAUGAUAAUAUGGCCUUCAAAUAUCUGGGAUGGGCUUGCUUCCCACUGCUGAUUGCCUACGGCAUCUAUUCCGUCAUCUACCAGGAGCACAAAGGAUGGUAUUCCUUCAUCCUGAAUAUGCUUUACGGUUAUCUACUGACAUUCGGUUUCAUCAUGAUGACGCCUCAGCUGUUUAUCAACUACAAAAUGAAGUCGGUAGCCCAUUUACCGUGGCGAAUGAUGACCUACAAAUUUUUGAAUACAUUCAUCGAUGAUAUCUUCGCAUUUGUUAUCAAAAUGCCUACUAUGUAUAGGAUCGGAUGUUUCCGAGAUGACAUCGUCUUCUUCAUCUUCCUUUACCAACGUUGGAUCUACAAGGUCGACUCGAAGCGCAUCAACGAGUUUGGUUUCUCGGCAGAGAUGCUCGAAGAGCAGCAAGCCAAAAACAACCAAACGAAUGCCCUUACCGACGGUGGAUCCGAGUCAAAGGCGGCAGGUGACUCGAUUCCGGCUCCAGCCGCUGUUAGUAGCGGGACUUCGUCGGAUGAAUCCAAGAGCCAACCAUCAUCACCAAACGCCGGAGCUAAAAAGCGAAAGAAUAAGAAAUCUUCACCCAAAGCAACUGCCAAGUCGGCUAACGAGAAGAAGGACGAUUAAGUAUAGUCUUCUAGCGCUCAUUUUUGUCUUUGUUUCACGUUAAGUUAUUAUUACACCACAUUUUCCGGCAAUGUCGAGACCAGGGCUCGGCGAGCUUUUUUUGUGUAGGCAAUAAGGCAAGUGGUGAUACUGAUUCGUCUAAUGAUCAAAACUUAUAAAAUGCAAUGUUUGGCAGCGAUUUCCGUUAGGUAGUUGCCCAGAAAUUUAAAGCCCAGUUGAACUGCUGCGGCAGUAAUGUUUUAGCUUUUUGAACUAAUAUAACAACCGUUUAGUAGGACCCCACACAAAAGCAUGUCUCUAAGUAAAUAUGCUCUAUGUAAAGAAGACCAUAGAUUGAAAAUUAUGAAGGAACACAAAAUAUAAGUAAGACUCAUCGGACGACGACUAUUUAUCCACUGUGUAGUUAAAAAUGUAGCACUGUGUAGUAUUGUAAAACUCAACUCCGGGAUACGAACCCAAUAUGAAUGAAGAUAAUAAAGAUAAUGUAUUCAAA